CACCCGGAGCGAAGAGGCGCGGGCUGCUGGGGCUAAGCCACCGGGGCUCAGCAGCCAAGCCGCGCCCAGAGGAGCUCUUGGAAGGGCUCCCGCCCUGCAGCUGGGGAAUCCGCUCGGCAGGGAGAAUCCGUGCCAGGGAAUCCAGCUCUCCGGACUCAAGCUGCAAACAAAAAGCUCAGGUCUUGCUCCCUCCCUCUGUUUCCCCCACCCCCACCCCGACGCGCACCCGGAGAAACAGUUUUCGGCAGAAAUGCAACAAGUAGCACCCGGAGCUCGCAGAGCGCCCUGCGCCGCCUGACUUGGCCCGGCAAAGCCCGCCUGCAGAGACCCGGGCCAGCCACCGGACAAAGGGCGGAGGAGGGGCUGGACAGCACUGCGAAGUCCGAAAGAGGCCAUUUAGCGACUCUGGCCAGGCCAAGGGGAAUGCAGAGGAGACACAGAGCCGGCGGGCCAAGAGGACGAUCCGGCCGCAGCACGCAGGGCGGGCGGCGAUGGAGGCUGCCCGCGCCGUGCGCUUCCUCCUCGUGGUGUGCGGCUGCCUUGCGCUCCCGCCGUGGGCCCAGCCGGUGUGUCCGGAGCGCUGCGACUGCCAGCACCCCCAGCACCUCCUGUGCACCAACAGAGGGCUCCGCGCCGUGCCCAAGACCAGCUCGCUACCGAGCCCACAGGACGUGCUCACCUACAGCCUCGGGGGCAACUUCAUAACCAACAUCACGGCCUUCGACUUCCACCGCCUGGGGCAGCUCAGACGGCUGGACCUGCAGUACAACCAGAUCCGCUCGCUACACCCCAAGACCUUCGAGAAGCUCUCGCGGCUGGAGGAGCUCUACCUGGGCAACAAUCUCUUGCAGGCGCUCGCCCCGGGCACCCUGGCCCCGCUGCGCAAGCUGCGCAUCCUCUACGCCAACGGGAACGAGAUCGGUCGCCUCAGCCGCGGUUCCUUCGAGGGCCUGGAGAGCCUGGUCAAGCUGCGACUGGACGGGAACGCCCUGGGGGCGCUGCCGGAUGCCGUCUUUGCCCCCCUGGGCAACUUGCUCUACCUACACCUGGAGUCCAACCGGAUCCGCUUUCUGGGCAAGAACGCCUUCGCCCAACUGGGGAAGCUGCGCUUUCUCAACCUCUCUGCCAACGAGCUGCAGCCCUCCCUACGCCAUGCGGCCACCUUCGCACCGCUGCGCUCCCUCUCCACCCUCAUCCUCUCGGCCAACAACCUGCAGCACCUAGGGCCGCGCGUCUUCCAGCACCUGUCGCGCCUCGGCCUACUUUCACUCAGGGGCAACCAGCUCACGCACCUCGCGCCCGAGGCUUUUUGGGGGUUAGAGGCCUUACGCGAGCUGCGCCUGGAGGGCAAUCGGCUGAGCCAGCUGCCUGUGGCACUGCUGGAACCUCUGCAUAGCCUGGAGGCGCUGGACCUGAGCGGCAAUGAGCUGUCGGCUCUGCACCCCACUGUCUUUGGCCGCUUGGGCCGGCUGCGUGAGCUCAGCUUGCGCGACAACGCGCUCAGCGCCCUCUCCGGGGACAUCUUCGCAGCCAGCCCGGCCCUCUACCGGCUGGAUCUAGACGGCAAUGGCUGGACCUGUGACUGCCGGCUGCGGGGUCUGAAGCGCUGGAUGGGCGACUGGCACUCACAGGGCCGGCUCCUCACCGUUUUCGUGCAGUGUCGCCACCCUCCGGCCCUGCGGGGCAAGUACCUGGAUUACCUGGAUGACCAGCAACUGCAGAACGGGUCUUGCACAGAUCCCGCGUCCUCGGUUCCCCCGAUUGCCGACAACAAGCGGCGGCCCCUACCCACAGCUCCAGGGGAGGCGGUGGCGCCCCCUGCAGGUGCCCUCGCGGAGGAGCUGCUGCCGCAGCCACAGCCACAGCAGCGGAGUCGAGUUCUGCCAGGGAUGGCCUGGGAUGGGGCGGCCAGGGAGCUUUCGGGUAACCGCAGCUCCCUAAGGCUGAGUCGGCGGGGCCCAGGCCUCCAGCAGCCGGGCUCCAACGCCGCUGCUGCCGCGGGCACGGCGCCACACCCGCUGGACCUCCUCGAGAAGCCUGAGCGGGCACGUCCGACUCCGUCGGAUUCUGGCCCCGCGGAACCCACCCAGACGGCCACGCUCUCCUCUGCGCCCGCCGGCGACCCCUGGCAGCGCGCGGCGAAACAGCGCCUGGCGGCGCAGCAGCAGGAGAGCGCCGCCCAGUCCGACGGCGGGGUCGGCCUGCCGCCGCUGGUAUCCGACCCAUGUGACUUCAACAAGUUCAUCCUGUGCAACCUGACGGUGGAGGCAGUGGGCGCCGACAGCGCCUCGGUACGCUGGGCUGUGCGCGAGCACCGCAGCCCAAGGCCGCUGGGCGGCGCGCGCUUCCGCCUGCUCUUCGACCGCUUUGGCCAGCAGCCUAAAUUCCACCGCUUCGUCUACCUGCCCGAGCGCAGCGACUCGGCCACGCUGCGCGAGCUGCGCGGAGACACCCCCUACCUGGUGUGCGUGGAGGGCGUCCUCGGUGGUCGGGUCUGCCCGGUGGCUCCCCGCGACCACUGCGCGGGGCUGGUCACCCUGCCAGAGCCUGGGAGCCAGGGCGGCGUUGACUACCAACUGCUGACCUUGGCCCUGCUGGCCGUCAACGCGCUGCUGGUGCUCCUGGCCUUGGCAGCCUGGGCGUCGCGCUGGCUGCGGAGGAAGCUGCGGGCUAGGCGGAAGGGCGGGGCUCCCGUCCACGUUCGCCACAUGUACUCUACCCGACGACCUCUGCGCUCCAUGGGCACUGGCGUGUCCGCCGACUUCUCUGGCUUCCAGUCGCACCGGCCGCGCACCACCGUGUGCGCGCUCAGCGAAGCGGACCUCAUCGAGUUCCCGUGCGACCGCUUCAUGGACAGCGGGGGCGGCGGCGCAGGCGGCAGCCUGAGGCGGGAGGACCAUCUCCUGCAGCGAUUUGCCGACUAGGUAGAUCCAGGGCCUCCUGGGGCUGUGGAGACCAUCUCCUUGGCCCUGGGGAGCCGCCUAUCCGCGGGCCCCAGCAACCCACCUCAGGGGAAGAUCUCCUUUUAUCAGACCUUCUCUCUUCUCCCUUUUGGGCAUUUGCCAGAAGGGCCAAAGAAUGAUAGCAGCUAAAUCCGCACCACCAGCCAAAUCCCGAGACUCGCUCAUGAAGUAAAUGGUUGGUGUUGGUGGUCAAGACCAAGAAUAAGGGACAAAUGGAUGGUGGGGUCAAGAGACUGGAAGCCUUCUUUUCUACGUUGGUGCAGCUGUGAGAAUGGACUUGUUUAAUGCAGUAGUCUGGCCUCGGGGGUAGAAAAGGGUACUCGUUGCCCCCUACGUGGCCAUGAAAGAAUUGGAUGCUUGUGUUUUUGUUUGUUGGAGUUUUGUUUCUAUUUAAGGAAAAAAAGAACGUAUUACCAUUACACAGGUAGCUUGGCAACUGACUCCACUGGUCUGGCGGUCUCUGCCAAGAAGGGUGAUGUUGUAAACAGGUGGUGAAGUUUAACACACUCAUGGAGGGACUCUUGUUGACUGAUAGAACGUUCAGGAUAACUUAAUGUUUAAAUAAUUAGAGAUGCUACUUUUUUUUUUUUUUUUUCAAAAAUGUGAAGAUUUCUGACAUUUAACAAACUGACCAGUAAACUCAAGGACCGUUUUAGUUGAGCAGGGCAGUUCAACUAUUUUUCUUUUAACAUUAACACCACGAAAACAUUUGCUGACCUUUGGGUUAAUUAAGAUUACAAAGUUUCUCAGGAGGAGGCUGCAUGCAAGACUUCUCUGUAGGGGUUGCUCCUGUGGCUUUUUAAAUUUUAUUUUUUAAACUUUCAUGUGGAAAAGGAAAUUUCAAUGCCAGACUCCAUAAAAGAAUGUAAGGUGUACAUAACUGAUGACCCAAUAGAGAAUGCCAUCGUUCUGGUUCGCUUUACCACAUCUCUGAUGACCUGUCCAGGUUGGAGUAAAUGUGAUGUGGUACUUCUCAUGUUUUUAUUGGUAACACGCAGUUGACUGUGCCAUACUUUUCUUGAACUGCACAGUUAAGUGAUUAAGGUAAUUUCCUGAUAGGAGGUGAGCAAAAGGUGACUUGCAAUUGAUAGUGAAAUGUUUGAUCACGUUAUUGUCUUAUAUGAAAGAGUGGGGAGGGGUGAAAAAAACUGUACAUCAGUGGUUGUAUGUUUCUACUAAAACCAGAUUGUUAGGAAUACUUAAACCUCACUGUGAAAUAAUUAUAUAUUUUGCAAAUUAAUCCCUCCACUACCCAGUGGUUUUUUUUCCCCCAUGUUAUUAAAACUUACCUUUUAGUUAAUAAUUGCAGUAUUUUUUUAAAAUGUUUUUGUUUUAAACUUAGGGUUAGUCUUUAUUUGUUCAGUUGUUUUCAACUCUUUGGGAUACUUUCAUUCCUUGAUAUUUAUGAAAGUAGAUGUUUAUCACUAGAUGUAGUGCUUUGGUUUACAUGAAUAAUUUUGUGUGUGGUCUAAAAACACAGUCACUUAGAAGAUGUACAAGAUGGUUUUAUUCAUCGUGGUUACAGAUUCAUUGGCAGCAGGGUGCUGGGGAAGCCACUGCAAAGGUGCUAAGGCUAACAGUGAAUUUUCUGUUUAGGGCCUUAAGCCCCCGAGGGUCCUGAAGACUCAGGGAAUCUGUCAUAUUCCAGAGGUCCUUCAACCCCACUUCACCCCUUUUCCGUUUUGUCUCCAUUGAACCAGGCCUGCCUUGUCCCAACAGCUGAGUAGGGAUUUUAAUGAACUGAUCUUUGUUUAUGUUUAGAUGAGUAAAUGUCCAGACCACUUAAAGUACAGCUGCUUUUCUGGCAGUCUUAUCUGUGGGGCCCAAACUUAAUAAACUACAGGAAAUAGACUGUCAUUCUUAGUUUGUGGCCACGGCUUGCUUCAGAUUUUGAGCCUUGGGAGAAGCGGAGUUUGCUCUUAUUUGCAACCUUGUGGUUAUCUUGCACCUUUUGUGCUCCUACCUUUUUCAUUCAGAGAGCAAUUGCAUUUCUUAGCUCUUGCUUUUUUUACCCAGCAAUGUAAUAAAGUGAGUCCCUUUGAAAGUCUGAAACAGACCUCUGGUUCUUCCUAUCACCUACCCUUUCAACUGCAGAAAUCACUGAAAAUGGUUAAUGCCUGAAUCCAUGUAAAAACUCUUUCACUGGAAAGUCUUUCAGUGGGAAAUAAAUAAAUGUUAUACAUUGUUAUGUUCAGUUAUGUCAAUAAACCCACUUACUAAUGGA